AUCACUGCAUGUGCAAACUGUAGGGUUUUGGCCUUUUAAGACGGGCUGUCAAGGGUUUAAGAGAGCUGCGAAUUCCAUUGUGGAAUCCUGAAACCCUAACGUCAUUGAGGAUUUCACUGGAACAAUGGGAUUCUGGGGUAUCGAAGUGAAACCUGGGAAACCUUAUCCUUAUCACGCGGACAAUGUGCAGGGGAAGCUUCAUGUAACUCAGGCAACCUUAGGCCUUGGCUCAUCAAUUGAGAAAAGCAUUCUCCAAUGUUCUACUGGACAUAAAAAUCCAGUCUUUUUAUGCUCAUUGCUGCCAAAUAAUACUGAGUCGUGCCCUUUGAAUCUUGAGUUUGAUGAAGAUGAUUUAGUGGCCUUCUCAGUCAUUGGUCCACGAAGUAUCCAUCUCUCUGGUUUCUUUGAAGCUGCUGAUGGGGAUGAACUUAGGGAUGACUAUGAGUAUGAUUCUUUUGGAGAGGGUAUUGCCGAUACAGAGACAGAGGAGUCUUCUGAAUACAACACUGAAGAUGAAUAUGCGGAUGGCUUCAUUGAUGAUAGUGAUAUUGAGUCUUAUCCACCUUCACCUGUCCCAAACAGUGGAGUGGUAAUUGAGGAAAUAGUAGACGAUGAUAAGCCCGAAAGUGGAGAUAAUGCUUCCAAGAAGUCAAAGAAAAAGGUUCAAAUGCCUAACUCCAAGGAUGGCAAAAAUUCCCAGCAGCAAAUUGUUGUUAGGGGUGAUAAGGGUGUCCAUGUUUUGGAAAGUGAAGAUGAAGAUGGUUUUCCAAUUUCUACUUCUCUGAUGGAAGAAGCAAAAGGAGAAAAGACACAUAAGAAAACUGAGAAGGCCAAGAAAAAGAAAGUGAAAGAUGAUGACUAUGCUGCAACACUGAAACGAAAAGUUGAAGGUGCUGACAAAGAUGAGCAUCUUGAAGGGAAAAAGACAAAGAAAAAGAAGUUGAAAGAACAAGGUAAAGGGGACAGUGCUAAAGUAUCUGGUGAUAGCAUUGAGACUCAUGAUGCUAGUUCAGAUGGUAAGCAUCCUGCUGAGGUGAAAAUAACACCCAGCCCGGAUCAUGAUUCUCCUGCUGAGGAUCAGCGUAAAGGAAAUGCAUACAAUGAAAACAUUCUUGAUGGGAAGAAAAAGAAGAAGAAGAAGAAGACUAAGGAUGAAGGGGGAACUAAUGCAAAUCAAACUUCCACAGCUACGGGAAAUCAGAAUAUAUCCCCCUCUGAGAGAGGAGAGGAGGAAAUAGAAGCCAAGCCAUCUCAAAUAAGAACCUUCCCAAAUGGGUUAGUUGUCGAGGAACUAUCCAUGGGUAAACCAGAUGGCAAAAAAGCUACUGCUGGAAAACAGAUCAGUGUUAGAUACAUUGGCAAGCUACAGAAAAAUGGGAAAAUAUUUGACUCAAAUAUUGGAAGAGCACCCUUUAAAUUUCGCCUUGGUAUAGGGCAAGUCAUAAAGGGUUGGGACGUUGGGGUCAAUGGUAUGAGAAUUGGGGACAAAAGAAGAAUCACAAUUCCACCAUCCAUGGGUUAUGGAGAUAAACGUGCUGGAAGCAUACCUCCAAAUUCUUGGCUUGUAUUUGAUGUUGAGUUGAUCGAUGUUCGCUGAUUUCACUGCAGAUUCUCCCAUUAGGGCAGGAAACAAGCGCCCUAUAUUUAUACAUUUGCCACCAUCAUAGGCUCAAGUGUCAAAUAUUUUGUGAGUACAAGUUUUGAAUGAGUUUGAAUUGAAGUAGGACUCUCCAUAAGUCCCAAAAGAUCAAAAAUUAGACCUAUACAGUUUUGUCAAUGGAGUUGCAUUUUACUUUGGAUAACGUAAUUCAAUAGUCAUCAUGAGAUUCAAUGUUGCAUAGCAAAAUGAGUUCUGAACACGAUGAAAUCUGAGGAAAUUUUUUGGUCA